AUGGACGGGAAGCGGAAUAUUGUCGUCGUCGGAGGCGGCAUCAUUGGCUGCACAACAGCCUACUACCUCACCCGCCAUCCCAAGUUCAACCCGGCCCUGCACACCGUCACCCUCCUCGAGGCCGCGCCCUCUGUCGCCCCCGGCGCCUCGGGCAAGGCUGGCGGCCUCCUCGCCCUCUGGGCCUACCCGGCAUGCCUGGUCCCGCUCUCAUACCGCCUGCACGCCGAGCUAGCUGCCGAGCAUGACGGGCCCCGGAGAUGGGGCUACCGACGUCUCGGAUGCGGGAGCUUUGACGCUGUCGUGUCGCGGGACCGCAUCAAGGCUAUGCAGCAGGUUAGUGAGGAUGGAAAGACUUGGGAGAAGCUUCCCAAGCAGAAUGGCGCCGCAAAGGAUCUUCUCGAGGCUGGCAGUAUACCUGAGGACCUUGACUGGGUCGACCACGACAUAAUCGACAACUGGUCUGAGAUGGGUUCGCCUGGUGCCACCGAGACAGCCCAGGUGCAUCCUCUUCACUUCACAACAGCCAUAGCUGAGCUCGCUCAGCAAGCCGGCACAAGAAUACACACCAAUGCCAAGGUGACAAAGGUAAAUUCCUCCAAGGCUGGCGUCGAGAGUGUCGAGUACCUGGACCGCGAGACGGAUGAGAAGAAGACGAUUGAGGGCGUGACCGACAUAGUCGUAGCUGCGGGGCCGUGGACAUCAAAGGUGCUGCCUCGUGCCAAGAUCGAGAGUUUACGGGCUCAUAGUGUCGUGUACGAUGUUGAAGUCAGCCCUUACGCCAUCUUUACAGAUAUCGAGCUGCCGCCGGACUUUGUCCCUGAGCAUCGCGCCAAGAUGGGGCAGAAGAGGAGGCACAAGGGCCGUGUUGAUCCUGAGAUCUAUGCAAGGCCGUUUGGCGAGGCGUAUGCUUGUGGUGAGCCCGAUACCAACGUCCCCCUCCCAGAGACGGCAGACCAGGUAGAGUGCGACGAAGCCCAAUGCGACGACAUCAUCUCGUACCUCGGCACCAUCAGCCCCAUCCUAGCCGCUGCGCCCAUUAAGGCCAAGCAGGCCUGCUACCUCCCGCGGCACAUAAGGUUCGGCCAGGAGAGCGGCCCGCUGCUCGGCAGGACUACGGUGCCGGGAUUGUUUGUCGCGGCUGGCCACACGUGCUGGGGCAUCCAGAACGGGCCGGGGACGGGCAAGCUCAUGUCCGAGUUUGUGUUUGACGGGGCGGCAAAGAGUGCCAACGUCGACAAGCUGGAUCCUAGAAAGUUCAAGGUUUGA